AGACAGGCUGACUCUCCCGGGACACAACACCACGUCUCCCCGACAGAGGAAGCAACAAGCUCCGAAAUGAGCCAGUCGCCGCCUACACCCCCUCUGACGCCCGGCACCCCCCUAGGACGCGGCACCCCCCCUGACGAUCCUUCCCGGGGGGUGCUUCCCAUCCGCCCCACGGUUCUCCCUGCCCUACGGCCAACCCUAAACUACACUCUCCCGGGGGUCAGGCUCCCCAUGCCCCACCCCACGGGUUUUCCCGGACCCUUCCUCUCGGAGCUGCAGUCCCCGGGAUAUCCGCUAGGCGUCUUCAGCCCGUACUGCCUGUCGGGAUACCCGUUCUAUCAUGUGUACUCACCCCCUCCGGAGACCGGCAUGUUCCAGUUCAGUUUCCCGCCAAUUCCUGUGAAGGAAGAGAGAAAAGCAGCCAAGUUUGAUUUCGCCCAUCUUGCCACGUCAGCGACUCAGGAUGACAUCAAAAGGGACGAUUUUGCCCGCGAUACAGGAGCGCAGGCAAACGCGAUGAAUACUUCAGUACAUUCUCACGCGGUGGUGGCGGCGGCGGCACACUCUCGCGAGAUCAGGGGGCGAGUUUCCGCGAGACCGAAGAAGGAGUUCAUCUGCAGAUUUUGCGGUCGGCACUUCACAAAGUCUUACAACCUUCUGAUCCACGAGAGAACUCACACGGACGAGCGGCCCUACUCCUGCGACAUCUGUCACAAGGCUUUCCGCCGACAGGACCACCUCAGGGACCACAAGUACAUCCAUUCCAAGGAGAAGCCGUUUAAGUGCCUGGAGUGCGGGAAGGGUUUCUGCCAGUCGCGGACUCUGGCGGUGCACAGGACGCUCCACCUGCAGGAGUCCCCGCACAAGUGCCCCACCUGCGGCCGGACCUUCAACCAGCGCAGCAACCUGAAGACGCACCUGCUGACCCACACGGACAUCAAGCCGUACCAGUGCGCCAACUGCGGGAAGGUGUUCCGGAGAAACUGCGACCUGCGAAGGCACAGCCUCACGCACUGUUCUGUGCAAGAACUCGUCACGAUGAAGUAGCCUCGUCGCAGUCUUUUCAGCAGCAU